AUAACGCAAAGAAGAAAAAUAAAAAGUGUGAAAAUUUUACAUAAAUUGGGAGAAAUACGGGAGAAUUGUGACUCCGGGAGGAAACCGGGAGAAAGCAAUGAAAAACGUGUCUCCCGGGAAAAACGUGAGGGUUGUGUGUGGCUGGUUGCUCGACGCUAAGUUGCGUUCUCAGGAAGUCCGGCAGCGGAACAUCCCUCUUGUAAAUGUGUAACCACGGCGAUAACAUGCCGUUCACAGUGUGUCCUCGGGAGAAAUUCAUGCUUUCAAGGGGAAGAAACUCUUAAUUUCCUCCACGGGUAAUACCAAGGAAGAGAGCGUUCAUUUUCCUGACUUGUCACGGUAAACGCCUUGAUGGUGAAAGUUUCUAGAGAUGAUCCUCUGACGUCCCGUUCCAGUGAAGGCAGCAUGUGGAGCAGAUACAGAAAGCUGACAGAAACACUUUUUACUCAAAAUUAUAUUCUGGAUUUAACCUGUUUUCUACACAAUCAUUUGAAGGACUUUAUCACAUAAGUAAAAACUAUUUGGGGAUUUGAUUCCUUCAACAGCAGUGAUUCAUUUUUUAUUCUUCAUCUGCUGUAUCAGCAUCAUCAAACAGUAUUUCAGGAAAAAAGAAGAGCCAAUUCUGAAAACUGAGGAGCUGUCUCCAAACCCAGAGGUACCAAGAAGAGUUUACCUCCUAAAAGCUUAUGGCUCCGGUGUUUUGAACUGAGAAAUGAUCUCUAUAUUAUAAACAAACCACACGUAUCUCUCUCUAACCGCUCCUCUUCCUGGAAUGAAGCAGAGCCUGAUAACUCCUCCCUCCUCUUCCUGCUCUCAAACACAGCAGCUCCACUCGGUCCAUUCAUUUCCUUGUUCCCUCCCCUUCAGAUCUACAGUUUGAAGGAGGGUGUAACCAACAUGGUGAGAGCUGACAGGCCCUAUUCACUGCACAAACACAUGCUGUUUAGAUCAGAGCUCAAACUAGUGUCGGUUCUCAGGAAGUGAAACUCAGACAGUCGUUGCUACUGAGAGGUGAAAUGGCGCAGAAAGGAGUUCAGCUGGACCACGAAAGGUUCUCUUGUUCCAUCUGUCUGGAUCUACUGAAGGAUCCGGUGACUACUUCCUGUGGACACAGCUACUGCAUGAACUGUAUUAAAACCCACUGGGACAAAGAAGAAGAGAAGAUGAUCUACAGCUGCCCUCAGUGUAGGCAGACCUUCACACCGAGGCCUGUCCUGAUGAAAAACACCAUGUUAGCAGAUUUAGUGGAGGAACUGAAGAAGACUGAACUCCAAGCUGCUCCUGCUGAUCACUGCUAUGCUGGACCUGAAGAUGUGGCCUGUGAUGUCUGCACUGGGAGGAAACUGAAAGCCUUCAAGUCCUGUCUGGUGUGUCUGGCCUCUUACUGUGAGAAACACCUCCAGCCUCAUUAUGAUGUGGCUCAAUUGAAGAAACACAAGCUGGUGGAGCCCUCCAAGAAGCUCCAGGAGAACAUCUGCUCUCGUCACGAUGAGGUGAUGAAGAUUUUCUGUCGUACUGAUCAGCAGUGUAUCUGUUAUCUCUGCUCUUUGGAUGAACAUAAAGGCCACGACACCGUCUCAGCUGCAGCAGAAAGGACCGAGAGGCAGAGAGAGCUGGAGGUGAGUCGACUCAGCAUCCAGCAGACGAUCCAGGACAGAGAGAAAGAUGUGAAGCUGCUCCAACAGGAGGUGGAGGCUGUCAAUCGCUCUGCUGAUAAAGCAGUGGAGGACAGUGAGAAGAUCUUCACCGAGCUGAUCCGUCUCAUGGAGAAAAGAAGCUGUGAUGUGAAGCAGCAGGUCAGAUCCCAGCAGAAAAGUGAAGUGAGUCGAGUCAAAGAGCUUCAGGAGAAGCAGGAGCAGGAGAUCACUGAGCUGAAGAGGAGAGACGCUGAGCUGAAGCUGCUGUCACACACAGAGGAUCACGACCAGUUUCUACUCAACUACCCCUCACUGUCACCACUCAGUGAAUCUACACACUCAUCCAGCAUCAAUAUCCGUCCUCGGCGCUACUUUGAGGACGUGACAGCGGCUGUGUCAGAAGUCAGAGAUAAACUACAGGACGUUCUGAGAGAGAAAUGGACAAACGUCUCACAGACAGUGACUGAAGUGGAUGUUUUACUGUCACAACGAGAGCCCAAGACCAGAGCUGGAUUCUUACAAUAUUCACGAGAAAUCACACUGGAUCCAAACACAGCAUACCCACAUCUGUUAUUAUCUGACGGGAACAGAAAAGCAACAUCAACGACGGUACGACAGUCUUAUUCUAGUCACCCAGACAGAUUCACUCUAUUUAAUCAGGUCCUGAGUAGAGAGAGUCUGACUGGACGUUGUUACUGGGAGGUGGAGAGGAGAGGGGGAGGAGUUGCUGUAGCAGUCGCCUACAAGAGUAUCAGGAGAGCAGGGGGGGAUGAAUGUAGGUUUGGACGGAAUGACAAAUCUUGGGCGUUAAGAUGUGACAACAAGAGUUAUAUAUUUUGGUACAACAAAGGCCAAACCCCCGUCUCAGGUCCUCUGUCCUCCAGAGUAGGUGUGUACCUGGAUCACAGUGCAGGUAUUCUGUCCUUCUACAGCGUCUCUGAAACCAUGACUCUCCUCCACAGAGUCCAGACCACAUUCACUGAGCCUCUCUAUGCUGGACUUAGGCUUUAUGAUUAUGAUACCACUGCUGAGUUGUGUAAACUGAAAUAGACAGAAGUGUUCACGUUUUCUGGGGAUUGUGUCAGCGGUUCAUUGAAUCAUUACAUCGUGCUGUUGUUUAUGUUUGUUUAAGUUACGCUACGUUGUGCUUCGUAUUGUGUUACCGUGCAUUCACACCAAGCAAGAAGCAAAUUAGCAAGCCACACGUCGCUAU